UUCACCCCAGUCGGACGGCUGAGCUUUUUUCUUCGUUCGUUCAUCGCUGUUUGUUGUAUGGUUGUAUGUGUACAAUUACUGAAUAUAACUAUGCUAAACUUAUCUCUUCAAUUCAUUGUAUCUUCUCCAUAAACUUGCCGCGGGUGAUGCUUCGCCUCCUACUCGGACAAAAGCUGCGCGUCUCACAGAAAACGCCAGUGUUAGUGUUAACAUGUGAUUAGAAUGUAAAUAAUUAAUUGAAAUUAUCGCACAAAAUGGACGUGAAAGGUUGUAAUCGUGGGUGUAAAGUGAAGUGACUUCUUUUUUUGGUGUUGUUCCCGAAUACAGUGCUAAGCCGUCGAGGUAUUCGUUGCAGAGAUACCAUUUCGAAGUCGUCAAAUCCUUUGCCACCACCAUGCAGCCAACCAGCUAUGACGUCAGAGCAUAACACGUCUGACGUCAUCAUCACCUUAAAAGAUGGCCUGAAUCCCAUGACCUCACUAAUUGUGAUAUAACCCCAGCAACAAUAGUUCUAUUUUAAAUACAAACAAACCCUACGUUCCUUUAGCGUUAGUGUCAAUUAGUUAAACCAAAGUUAAGAUCUAAAGGUUCUACCUCCAAAAAUAUAGAACUAUUUUUCUUACCAAAGCUAGUUUAGUACUUAAAAAUGUCGAAUCAAAUGCCGAUAUACAGCCAAGUGGUACCGAAGUCUCAGUAUAGGGGGAAAUCUUCGAAGUCGUACAACCGUUCGCAAAUCACUAGGGCGGACUUCGACCCCUUGAAUUUCAACAAUGGGGGGAAUUUCGUGAGUGAGAAGGGGGAAAAAGAUAAGAAAGAGAGAAGGGAACGGUCAAGGGAUGAAACGAGUCGGUCGAGGAGGAAUCAGACAAAAAAUGAGGCGAGCGAAAGUAAGGUUGAGGCUUAUUUGAGGCAGAACCAGGUCAGCAUGAGGCAGCAGCAGCAUAGGCACGCUGCGGUCAGGCAGGCUGAGCACAGGGUCAACCUCAGGUCUCUCCCACUUAACGACGCGGUGACCGCUCGAGGCCACGACAGAACCCCGACUGAGAAGCAGCGCGCCUUUCCAGAAAGGGACAAGGACGGCAAUAGGGAGCACCGCCGCGAGAGAGAGCGGGACAGAGAUAGAGACAGGGACCGGGAGAACUUUGAGUUUGAUGGUACUCCGCUCAGCCCCAUAGCACCUCGCCACGACAGCUCGCGUCCUGUCCGCAAGUCGUCCUCCGCUCACCGCGUAGCGGAGACCUCAAUAUCUACAGACAAGCGGAGAUUCUUCUGCAGAGAGUGGGCUUUCCAGAAGAUAGCUCAUUGCUUAGAACAGCGGCCUGUGAGCAAGACUUGCGGAGCGCUGAUACUGGGCGAUGCAGGCAGCGGCAAGACAGCGCUAUGCCAAGAACUGAGCGAGCCGAGCCAAGGUCCUCAGGCGAGGCAGCAGCGAGCGCUGAACAGACGACUGCUGGCCAGGCAUAUGGUGCAGAGUAACAACGAGAGCAGCGUCCGUCCAUCAGAGUUCAUUCGCUCCAUCGCGAUGCAGAUCCUGGGACAUUCCUCCCGCCGGGUGAGGAACGAUCAGUCGCCGCGCGAUCCAGAUGCUAGCGAUGAAAGGCAUAACUCUGAAGAGGAGAGGCUCGUGAGUCGUUUCCGAGGGCUCGGCGAUGAUGCUGAAGAGAUCUCCAAACCGCUCCUGGCUGAUAGCGAAGACCAACGCACAGAUGAAGAAGAGUGCGGCAGCGGGCGUAGACAACGGACCAUAGACCGCAUCCACGAACGGGAGGCGUACCUAGACUCUAUGGUCGGCGACGCAGCCUUGAGUCGCGUGGAAGACCUCCCCGAAAUCCUCCCCCGCGCCAACGUCAAGCCCAACAACCCAUUCGUAGCCGACGAAGCCGAGUCCGACCUCCGUCUCUACGAGAACCACGAGAAUCUUUUCCUUCGCAACAUAUCCCAACGGCAAAGCAAGGAGCAGAGGAGCUCGCGCCUGUUACGUCAGAGUUCCGAGCCUACAGCGCCCAGCGCGCCGCGAGCGCUGCACAAAAGCGCUUCAGCAGAGAGGGAGAGAGACACCGUAAGCGAAACAGACAGACCAAAAGUCGAAAACAGUCCGCCAAAAUCUCGUAUCCCAGUCGCGAAUUUCCGGUACCCAAACAAAAGCGAGCUACGUUCCGCCGACAACUCUCCCCAAAAGAAACUCGAAAAGGAACCCUCCGCCCCUGAACUUAAGGACGAAACUGAACUACCCGAAUACCAGAAUAUUCUAAAACCGGAUCAAGUGGUCCAAACCCCGGAAUUAGAGGUUUUAUUAGAGAAGAAGAGAUCCCAAAAUGAGGAUGUGCCUCCGCCUAUACCAAGCCUACCAGUCAGUCCAAGGACACUAAUAGCGAAUGCGUACUAUGAUAAACUGAUGUCAGAUACAGAGACCCAACAGGCACUUUUGCCCCAGAAUUUGGAAAGGAAUCCAGAUGAGUGCUUCAAAAAGGCGCUGCUGUUUCCGUUACUGGAGAUUGACCCGCCGAAGCAGUGUCUGUUCUUGUUGGUCGAUGCAAUUGACGAGUGCGGCGCAGGUUGGUGA